AUGCCUUUUUGUGGUUUCCGCUGUUGUCGCGUCCCCUGGCCGAAGAAAAAGCAGAGACUUCCGGACCAUGAACAGAAUGGACUGCAAGAAAUCCACAAUAACACCCUCGGACCACAGACAGAGUUGGACCAGGAACUUAGCAAGCUCCCCCAACCGCCUAGAAAUAACCUUCAAGUCAGGCAGCCGGUCGUCGAUACCGGACCAGGAGUAGGCUUAAAAAUAUUAUAUGAUCCUAAAGACGCUGUAGUAGACAUCAUCGCGAUCCAUGGCCUAAAUGGACACCGUGAGAGAACAUUUACUGCCGAUAACAAUGUCAAUUGGCUCUCAUCUCUUCUGCCUCAACAGUUUCCAAAGGUCCGGGUCAUGACAUACGGUUACGACGCGAAGACCCACAGUUCUGGGACCCUGACACAGGAGUUUCUCCACGGGCAUGCAGAGCAGUUUGUGCAAGAUGUCACUGAAAGAAGACAGGAUACAGAGACUACGCGCCGUCCAAUAAUCUUUGUGGCGCACAGCUUGGGCGGCCUUGUGUUAAAGAGUGCCUUGAGUCUGUCAAGUGGCUAUAACCAGCAUCAUCGAGAGGAUCAGAUGAGCUUCAAGAUCUCAACCUACGGGAUCCUCUUCAUGGGCACACCUCAUAGCGGUGGCCAAGGUGCCAGGCUCGGUGAAUUGGCGGUGAAUAUCGCAUCCAUCUGGUUAAACACGAACUCGCAGCUGCUCAAGCAUCUCCAAACCAAUUCGGAAUGGCUGGAUCAAACGCAGAUGCGCUAUCUACCCAUCUCCGGUGAAUUUAAUACGAAGUUCUUUUAUGAGGCAUAUGCGACACCAACCGUUGGGGGAAACGAACUACUUAUUGUGCCGAAACAUUCGGCGUGUAUCCCAGGAGCACUUGACGCGAGCAACAUCAGGAUCCAAAAGAAUCACGUUAAUAUGGUGAAAUAUGCGGCUGAGGAUGACGAAGACUUUCAGAAGAUUUGCAGGCAGCUGAAGGUGAUGCUGAAGGAGGCGUUAGUGAAGGUGGAAGAUAAUUGGAGAAAUAGUGACAUUGUAAAAAGGGCUACCGGCCUUCCACAAGUCUUAUAUAACAUCACUCCAGAAAUACCUUUCCCGACCAAUCGGAACUUUACGGGUCGGGAGGACGUGUUAAAGAGUAUCCACGAGAUCCUACAGUGUCCCGUACUGGACGGUGCCCACCGAAAUGCUGUCGCCCUUUAUGGGAUCGGAGGAGUGGGAAAGACACAGAUCGCCGUUCAAUAUGCCCAUCUCUAUCGCAAGUGCUAUACCUCCAUCUGGUUUGUGAAUGCCGAGUCUGUUGCAAGCCUGAUGGAGGGACUUGUUCGCAUUGGCCAAAAAAUACUACAGUUCCAUGCUCGAUACUGGGGAACAAACCAUGCCAGUAUAUCAACGCUCGUAGGGGUGCGACCGGACACUAUUGAUGAUACAACGGGCAAGAUCAUUGACACUGCCGUGGCGAUUGAGGCUGUUAAAUCGUGGUUGGGGGCGGAGGAGAACCAGAAUUGGCUACUGAUAGUCGACAAUUACGAUGAUCUAGAGAACGUCAACGUGCAGGAGUUCCUUCCGAAUGGAAAUAAUGGGAAGCUUAUUAUUACCGGAAGGGAAAGCUCGACAGGUAGGCUUGGAACCGGGAUCGAGAUCAAAGCAGUUGACAGUCAGGAUGGCAUCGAGCUCAUUCUAAGGUGUGCGCAGCGGAAUAAAGCUGAGUUUGAACAGGAACGACACCUUGCUGGCGUUGUAGUUGACAAGCUGUCAUGUCUGCCGCUCGCUCUUGACCAAGCAGGAUCCUUCAUCUUCACAAGCGGCAUAAGCUUCGAGGACUUCCUCACUCGAUUCGAUGACGAGUUCCCGAACAUCAUGAGUAAAAAGCCUCCGAAGAGUGUCUGGCAGUACGAUAAGACCAUGUUUACGACCUGGGAGAUUUCCUUCAAGGGGCUUAGUAAAGAGGCACAGGAGCUUCUCCUCUUGUGCGGUUUCUUUAACCAUGAUGAAAUCUUGCUGGAUGUGCUAUUACCAGAGGAGAAACUUGUGGAGUUUGGCAUUGGUUCCGUCAAUGUCGUUAUCGGCGAAAUCUUGUCGUUAUCAUUGGGUAAGCGGAGGACAGAUAUCAACGCACUCUGGAUACAUCCCCUGGUCCACCGUUGGUCGCGCGAGAGGCCGGGAACAAACCACAAAAAGCUGUCCGCACAGGCGAUUGCCUUGACCGCUGGAGCAAUACGUUGUGCCCCACAGGAUCGCAAGCCUGAAAACUGGAUCUUGGAGAGACAGUUGAUGCCCCACAUCCACGCAUGUGUAGAUCACACUUGCCACAGCAAUUACUUCGAAGGCUUCGAGCCAGACACAGUUUUACUGGGAAACUUGUUUUCUCUUGCGCAUGCGCUUUCUGAAAAUCAUGAUCUGGAUAGAGCCCAUGCGCUAUUCGAUUGGCUUCUUCCUGGGAUGGAGAGAACUCGGGGGGCGGAGGCGAAUGAUACGUUAUUCACCAUGCACUACAUGGCACAAGUGCUUUCGAGCCGGGGAAGAUAUAAGGAGGCACUAAGCUUGAAUCAACGUGUAUUGGCUGGGCGGGAAAGGGUACUGGGCAUGGACCACUCUGAUACCCUUGAGAGCUUGCAUGACAUAGCAUACAACUUGAAGCAACUUGGAAAUAGCGUGGAGGCUUUAAAGUGGUACCGCAAAGCACUCGAGGAAAAGGAGCGAGUGCUUGGGAAGGAGCAUCAAUCGACACUCGGCACCCUGGGUAACAUGGCGGCUCUUCUUGAUGACCAGAGAAUGCAUGGGGAGGCCAUGGAAAUGUAUCUCCGGGUACUUGAAGGACAGAAGCGAGAGCUGGGGGACGAGCACCCAAAGACGCUUAAUACGAUGCAUGGUAUAGCGUCGGUGCUCGAUCGACAGGGAAAGUACACUGAAGCAUUGGAGUGGAAUCACAAGUCAUUGGCCGGGCGCAAGAAGGUCUUGGGCAUGGAGCAUCAGCAUACCCUCACCACCAUGAACAACAUCGGAUUGGUAUUGAAGAAGCAGGGAAACCGUCGAGAUGCGCUGGAAUGGUAUCAGCAGGCUCUUGCCGGAAGGGAGAAGGUCCUCGGGGCCAAUCACCCUGAUACGCUCACCUCCGUAAAUAAUAUUGCCAGCCUAUUCCAUAGUGUCGGGGAGUACGAAGAGUCUUUGAAGUGGCAUCAAAGGGCAAUGGAGGGGAGGGAGAAGUCUCUCGGGGAAGACCACCCUCUCACAUUUCAGUCGUAUAAUAACGUUGCAGCGCUUUACUUCACACAAGGAAGAUAUGCGGAUGCUCUUUUAUGGCAUGAGAAAACACUAGCAGGGAGGGAGAAAGUCUUGGGAAAAGAUCACUUUUCCACAAUCAAUACCGUCAAUAAUAUGGCAGUUACGUUCUACAACGAUGGUCAGUACGAUGAGGCAAUGCGGAAAUUUGAAAGAGUAUUGGCAUGGAAGGAGAGCUCCCUCGGGAUUAAUCACCCGGACCUGGAGCAAAUAAAAAAUAUGCUAGCAGAGUGCAAGAGGAAAGCCGAGGAGUAA